UUCAGAUCCAAAUUUGCAAGAUUUAACAACAAACACAAUAAUUUUUCACUUAAUUGGGUUUUAAACUUUUUUUAAAGAAAUAAUAAAAUGUCAAAGGUCAGUUUAGUUGGAAAAACUGCCUUGAUCACAGGUGCGAGUUCAGGUAUUGGUCGGGCAACAAGCAUUUUGUUUUCUAAACUUGGUGCUAACCUAACUCUGUGUGGCAGAAACGAAGAAUCUUUACAAAACACAGCAGAUCAAUGCAAACUCAACAAUGUUAAAGUUACUACUAUCAGUGGGGAUCUUGCAGAGAGCAAAGCUAUUGAAGAGACAAUACAACACUGUAUGGAUUUUCAUAAUAAAUUAGACGUUUUAGUUAACAAUGCUGGUAUCAUCGCACUAGGCACUUUAGAAACAAUUUCUAUGGAAGAAUUUGAUCAUAUGUUAAAUGUGAAUUUCAGAUCUGUAUUCCAACUUUCAAAACUUGCUUUACCAAACUUAAUCAAGAGCAAGGGAAACAUUAUCAAUGUAUCAAGUGUAAAUGGAUUAAGAUCGUUUCCUGGUAGUUUAAGUUACGGAGUCUCCAAAGCAGCUUUGGAUCAGUUCACCAGAUGUACAGCACUUGAUUAUGCCCCAAUGAAAGUCAGAGUAAAUGCAGUGAAUCCUGGUGUUGUUAUCACAGAACUGCAGAAACGAGGGGGUUUAGAUGAUGCAGCGUAUGCAGCGUUUCUGGAAAAAUCUAAAACAACGCAUGCGCUGGGGCGGCCAGGCCACUCAGACGAAGUUAGCGAAGCUAUUGCUUUCCUUGCUUCAGAUGCAGCUUCGUUUAUAACUGGUGUAACUCUGCCAGUGGACGGUGGGAGACAUGCUAUGUGCCCAAGAUAAAAGUGUAUCGGUGUUUCUGUAAUAAUAUACCUGUUUCUGUAAUGAUAUAUACAGUAGGGUUGGGAAAGAUGGGACACCUACUCAUUCAAUUUUCUCGUCCUAUUUGGAAGUAAACAAAAAAUUCAAACAAUUCAAAGCCGUAUCUUGUUAAUUGUUUAAAAUACAAUCAGGAUAUUUGUAUAUUAUCUGCUAAAGGUGUCCCAUCUUUCUCCACCUUGCUAUACCUAUUUCUGUAAUUCUAGUGAAUUUCUAGUGGGGUGAGAUAAGAUUUUUUAUUAUUUAUAUUCAUUUUAUUAUGUGGAUUGAUUUGGUAGCAAACAAAGAGUGUUGUUAAUUGUUUAAACACGAUCGGGAAAUAUGGGAUUUAUAGAUGUUUACGAUAUCCCAUUUUACCCUACAAAACAUUAGUCGCGUCAAAAUUAUCACGGACAAAGUAGUUCUUGGAAAAUAGUUGUACAAACUGCUUGUCAACUUUAAAAAACCUUUUUAUUUAAUUAAAGCUUCAAUGUUUGAAAAUACAAUUUUCAACGACGGGAAAAGGGUUUUUAUUCAGCGGUCUUACUUGUGUUAUUGUGUUGGAAUUCUUUGCUAGCGUGGUUAAUUAUAUUGGAAUUUGAAUCUUGCGAUGAACAACAA